AUGGCGACUAUACCAUCCUCUUUGCCAACAAAUAAUAAAACCAUUUUCUCAGUUUCAGCAAGACCACAAUUUCUAUUUCCUUCUUCUUCUCUUCCUUUCAUUUCCACAGCAACUAUCAUCCAUUUCCAUAACCAUUCACGUACUAACAGCCUUAACCUUCGGCGACGGUGUAAUUCUGUUACAAAAUUGUGUGUGGUUCCAUUGCCAACAACAAUAGCCAUGACAACAACUGAAUGGGUUCAACAAGAUCUUCCACCACCCCUUACUUCAACUUCACCUUCACCUUCUUUAUUUGAUGGAACUACCAGAUUGUAUAUCUCCUACAAAUGUCCCUAUGCACAGCGUGUAUGGAUCACCCGUAACACUAAGGGAUUGCAGGAAAAGAUACAGUUAGUUCCCAUUGAUUUACAAGACAGACCUUCCUGGUAUAAGGACAAACUCUACCCACCAAACAAGGUUCCAUCUCUUGAACACAACAAUGAAGUUAGAGGAGAGAGUCUUGAUCUGAUUAAAUACAUUGACACUCACUUUGAAGGACCUUCCCUUUUUCCUAAUGAUUCUCCUGAUAAGGAAUUUGCUGAAGAAAUGAUAUCUUACACAGAUACCUUUUGCAAGACAGUUGUUUCUUCUUUUAAAGGAGAUGUAACUGAAGCUGGCACUGCUUUUGAUUACCUUGAGAAUGUUCUAUCCAAGUAUGAUCAUGGACCUUUCUUCCUUGGCCAAUUCAGUUUGGUGGAUAUAGCAUAUGCUCCUUUUAUAGAAAGAUUUCAACCCUUUUUAAUGGAUGUGAAAAAUUAUGACAUUACAUUGGGCAGGCCUAAAGUGGCAGCAUGGAUUGAGGGAAUAAACAACAUUGAAGGCUACAAAAUAACCCGUUCUGAUCCCAAAGAGCUUGUAGAAAGCUAUAAGAAGCGCUUCCAGGCCAAUACAUGA